AAGAUUGCACGCCGGGCAAGGCUCCURUUUCCCACAGCCGUGGGGCAAACACACCAGGGCAGAGCUCAGAGCCAGUCAGAGAAGAACUGAAAUGAACCUUCUGCCAUCCUUCUCCACGGAGACAUGGGGCAUUCUGCUCCUCCUCGUGGCCCUCCUGCUACUAUACGGGAUUUGGCCCUUUGGUGUGUUCAAGAAAUUGGGCAUUCCCGGCCCGACGCCUCUGCCUUUCUUUGGGACGUGCCUGGAAUAUCGCAAAGGUUUCCUGGAGUUUGACAGCGAAUGCUUCAAGAAAUACGGGAAAAUCUGGGGGAUUUACGAUGGCAGACAACCCACCCUGGCUGUCACAGACCCCCACAUCAUCAAAUCCGUGCUGGUCAAAGACUGCUACAGCACCUUCACCAACAGGAGGCGCACAGAUCUGGCCGGGGUACUGACCAAUGCCAUCUCCCUGGCCGAGGAUGACCAMUGGAAAAGGCUCCGGACCGUGCUCUCUCCAACCUUCACCAGCGGAAAACUGAAGGAGAUGUUCCCUAUAAUGAAGCACUACGGGGAAGCUUUGGUGAAGAACGUUCAAAAACAAGCGAAAAAGGACAACUCAAUAUCUGUGAAGGACAUCUUUGGGAGCUACGGCAUGGAUGUUGUCGCCAGCACUUCCUUUGGUGUGAACAUUGACUCCAUGAACAACCCCAAUGACCCCUUUGUCAGAGAGAUGAAGAAAUUGGUCAAGUUUGACUUUUUUGACCCAGUCUUCAUCUUGUCAUUUGUUUUCCCAUUCCUGACUCCUGUCCUGGCCAAGAUGAACGUAAGCGUCUUCUCCGGCGAUGCUGUAGAUUUUUUCCUGAGAUCCAUCGCCAAAAUUAAGCAGGAACGUGAAAAGGAGCCUCACAAGGGCAGGGUUGAUUUCCUGCAGCUGAUGAUCGAAUCCCAGCAUUCAGACAGCCAUGGGAAUGGCGAAGCAAAUCACUCAUACAAAGCCCUGACCGACACCGAGGUGCUGGCCCAGGCUUUCAUCUUCAUCUUUGCUGGCUAUGAGCCCACCAGCAACAGCCUGGCUUUCCUGGCCUACGAGCUGGCCCUGCACCCCGACGUGCAGCAGAAGCUGCUGCAGGAGAUCGACACCGUUCUGCCCAACAAGGCUCCUCUCACAUAUGAAGCAAUCAUGAAAUUGGAAUAUCUGGACAUGACAGUGAAYGAAACCCUCCGGCUGUACCCCCUCGGGGGGAGGAUUGAGAGAACCUGCAAGAAAGAUGUGGAAAUUAAUGGGGUGACCAUUCCCAAAGGAGUGGUGGUCACCAUCCCACCCUACGUCCUGCACCGCAACCCCGAGUACUGGCCCAACCCAGACGAGUUCAGGCCAGAGAGGUUCAAAAAGGAGAACAAGGAGUCCAUUGACCCCUACACGUACCUGCCCUUUGGGGCCGGCCCCAGGAACUGCAUYGGGAUGCGCUUUGCUCUGCUGACCCUCAAAGUGGCCAUCGCCUCYCUGCUGCAGCAUUUCACCUUCCAGACCUGCAAAGACACUCAGAUCCCCAUCAAGCUGAGCUCUGUGGGGCUCCUGACACCGGAGAAGCCGAUUAUUCUCAAAUUGGUGCCCCGGAGCAGUGCWGAGCCCACCAAGCAGUGAAACCCAGCCAUGCCUGCCCCAAAACUGCCCCCAGCACCCAAGGACUGCUGUGCUCACCACGGGAUCACAGAAAACCUCUCCUGCCUGUUCAGACAUGGGAGAGCAGCUCCUGUUAAUUCUGGAAGCAAUUAUUAUGUAUUUACUAAUAAACACAGCUGUCAGAAACGCAACGUGGAUCACCGGGCAGUGACAAUACACGGUCCCCCUUAAUUCUGAUUGCAGAAAACAAGAAAUAAAUCCAAAUGAGGAGCUGAUUGUCCACUUCCAAGGGGACUUCUCCAUCUGGAGGGAAGGGAUUACUGCCACAUGGAAGAAAAACAAGGUGUGAUGGAAAUUCAAACCGCCGGGCAGGGACGGGUGCUGCUCUGGGUGUGUUGAUGCUUGAAAUUUCAUGUGUUCUAAUUGAGACGACUGGUGUGAGACUGCACAUCCUAGUUACCAGCCCUCUCCUGUGCCAUGUGUUAAUUAAACCAAAGUGUGUACAAAUACUGUCAUUAAAAAUGUUUGAGAGCUGCU